GGCUGCGCAGCUGCUCACCCGGCUUCCGGGUGAUGCUGGCGGGAUGGGUCUGCGAGCCAGAGUCGCUGAGUAGCGGCGGCAUAGGGGCGUGCGAGCCCAGAGAUCCAGCCCUGGGGCUCAGGUCCCCGGGUUCUCUGGGAGCGGCCGGAGGGAGCGGAGAGAACCUAGGAUUGCCGCCCGCCGCAACCCCUGGGCAUGUCCGCAGAAGCCUCGGGCCCGGCGGCGGCCGAGGCCCCGUCCCUGGAGGUCCCUAAGCCCUCGGGUCUCGAGCCUGGCUCUGCCGCCCACUGUCUCAAGCCACUGACCCCGAACAGCAAGUACGUGAAGUUGAACGUGGGCGGCUCGCUGCACUACACCACGCUGCGCACCCUCACUGGACAAGACACCAUGCUCAAGGCCAUGUUCAGCGGCCGCGCGGAGGUGCUCACUGACGCCGGAGGUUGGGUGCUGAUUGACCGGAGCGGCCGCCACUUUGGUACAAUCCUCAACUACCUGCGAGACGGGUCCGUGCCACUGCCUGAGAAUACCAGAGAACUGGGGGAGCUACUGGGCGAAGCACGCUACUACCUGGUACAGGGACUGAUUGAGGAUUGCCAGCUGGCACUGCAGCAAAAAAGGGAGAACCUGUCCCCGCUGUGCCUCAUCCCCACGGUGACAUCUCCCCGGGAGGAGCAGCAGCUCCUGGCCAGCACCUCCAAGCCCGUGGUGAAGCUCCUGCACAACCGCAGUAACAACAAGUACUCCUACACCAGCACCUCAGAUGACAACCUACUUAAGAACAUCGAGCUGUUUGACAAACUGGCCCUGCGCUUCCAUGGGCGGCUGCUUUUCCUCAAGGAUGUACUGGGGGACGAGAUCUGCUGCUGGUCUUUCUACGGGCAGGGUCGCAAAAUCGCCGAGGUGUGCUGCACCUCCAUUGUCUAUGCCACGGAGAAGAAGCAGACCAAGGUGGAAUUCCCAGAGGCCCGGAUCUUUGAGGAGACCCUGAACAUCCUGAUCUACGAGACUCCCCGGGGCCCAGACCCAGCUCUCCUGGAGGCCACAGGGGGUGCAGCUGGAGGUGGCGGGGCAGGCCGAGGGGAGGAUGAGGAGAACCGAGAACACCGAGUCCGCAGGAUCCAUGUCCGGCGCCACAUCACCCACGAUGAGCGUCCUCAUGGCCAACAGAUUGUCUUCAAGGACUGAGCUUUGACCUUUCUCCCUGUUUUCCUCCACCCACUGGGACCCAUUCCCUCUUUCUUUUCCUCCCCUUCCCAGACCUUUGCCCCGGCUUUGCUGGCCAAGUCGUGGGUCUUCCUUCUGUCCCUUGGUUGCAUGGUACAGUUCACUUUGGCCCUUUUCCAUCCAUUCCCGCUUCAUUGCUAACCAUAUGGUACAUUCCAGUCCUCCCCUCAGAGGCUUUCCGAAAGCCCACAGUCAUUUCCUUAUCGCAAUCCUUGUCUUGCUCUCUUCCCUCACCAGCUAGUUUAGAAGGAUUUAGAUUUCCCUUUCUCUCUCUCUCUUUUUUUCUUUAGCACAUUGUACAUGCCAAAGUGUCAAGCCAGCCCUUAACAACACCCACCACAUUCUGAGCCAUCUCUUCACUGUUGUGCAGGGUAGUUUGCCUCCCUCCUCCUCCCUCACUACCCUCCCUACCUCCCUAACUUGUACUGAGCUGGCCUGGGCCUGCACCAGCUCAGCAUCUUCUCAGUCUGUUUCAUAUUAUUUAUUAUUUUAAUUUUCUAUUAAAUUAUUGGAAUAAAGUUGAGUUGAGGGUCUG